AUGGCCACCCCACCGGACAGUCCGAUCGAGGAGGUGGUGUACGAGCUAGAGCCCACGCGAGCACCGAAGGUAAUUCCCGUCGCGCUCGAGGACCUCUGCCGGUUGACGAAGUUCACGCGCCAGGAGAUACGGGUCAUGUACCGGGGCUUCAAGACGGAGUGUCCAGACGGGGUCGUGCACGAGGACAGCUUCAAGGACAUCUACGCGAAGUUCUUCCCACACGGAAACUCCAGCCUUUACGCGCACUAUGUGUUCAAAGCGUUCGACGUCAACUGCAACGGUUCCAUUACCUUCCGGGAUCUGCUGGUCACUCUUUCAACGUUGCUGCGCGGUUCCGUUUACGAGCGGCUCCGGUGGACGUUCCGGUUGUACGACAUCAACGGUGACGGUUGUAUCAGCCGCGGCGAGCUUGGAGAAAUUGUUUCCGCCGUGCACGAGCUAAUGGGACGCCGACCUCACCAGCCAGACGACGAUCGAAAGGCCCGGGAGCAGGUCGAUCGCGUGUUCGCAAAGCUGGACCUCAACCAGGACGGCAUCAUCACGAUCGAGGAGUUCCUGGAGGCUUGCCUGAAGGACGACGUCGUCACCAAGUCGCUGCAGAUGUUCGACUGCCUUUGA